UUUAUAGUGGAGUGAAUUGUGGACAUUGGUAGUGACGUGUGUCAAGUAAAGUUCAUUUUAUGAAGCAACCGGUUUCAAAAUUUCAUAUUUAUUUGCAAACUAAAAAUUUUGCAAGUGACAUCAUUUUGUGUCAUCAUUUCAUUCAUUUCUUUUUUCUGAGCGGGAUUCUCAGGACGAGCGAGCGGUAGACGUCUCCGUCCGUUUGUGCGUGUAACUUGCUGCCAGCAAAAGAUGCCUUCUGCAGUAAGGUCUGAAUCAAGGGCCGGGAGGGAAAAUGGAGAGACGUCAAGUACAAAAAAGUUGAAACGGGAUCAUCACAGCAGGGUCAAGGAAGAGAUGGAGACACCCCCAGUUACACCCUCGCAAGUGUCUAGUGAUCAGUUGGAGAAAACUCAAGAGCUCGAUGUGACCAUGAUGGAUACAGAACAAUGGGUGGACACUGGUGAAGAUUUGCUACUUGAAACUGCCAACGGGCAUAGUGCAGAUUACGACGCCCCUUUGAUGUCGCCCAUUUUCGACGACAACAACAACAACGGAAAUAAGAAAAGUAAAAGGCGGAGACGUGCCUCGAAUCUUUCGACGGAUUCUUCUGCGGAACAAAAUAAUGGAUUGAAUUCAUCGAUGACCAAUGGAAAUCUGUCAUCUUCUGCGGAUCUUGAUAGUGGGAAGAGGGCCGGCAAUGGACGAAAAAGAAAACAAACUAUGACCCCACCACUCACCUUUGAGGACACUGAUGAAGACGAUACUUUGAAUGACGAUGACGAUUUUUUGGCUCCACCCACACCUCCCAGUAAGAAAAAACGACGAGGAGGACAUGGCAGUGAGGUCGGUUCGACUAAGCCAAAGCCUGCGUCAAGACUUAGAACUCGCACCAGGAGAAGGGUGUCGGAAGAAGAGGGAGCCACUACUUCAUGUUCCGGAAUUCUCAAAAGUAUAAAAAUGUACAAUUUUAUGUGUCACAAAGGAUUUUUCCAAGAAUGGCACCCGAACCUCAACUUUAUCACUGGUGAAAAUGGUUCUGGGAAAAGUGCGCUUCUUACCGGCUUGCUCAUCGGACUUGGAGCUAAGGCUACACUCACAUCAAGAACAAGAUCAACAACGAGCCUCAUUCAAAAAGGAAAAGACUCUGCCCGAACUGAAAUUACGCUUUUAAACAAUGGAGCACUGCCAUAUGAAAAAUACGGAGAUGAAGUGAUGAUUGAACGUACUCUGUCGAAGAAUGGAUCAUCCACUUAUCGGUUGAAAACCCAUGGAACGUUUCAUAAACUGAAGAGGCACGAGUUGGAUUUCAUUCUCCUCUCGCUUAAUAUACAGCUUGACAACCCGGUGGCUAUUCUUAAUCAAGAAGUGGCCAAAAACUUUUUGAGAACUAAAGAUCCAAAGGACAAGUAUAAAUUGUUCUACCAAGGAACACUUCUCUCAAAAUUGUUUGAGUUGAUGUCUGAUAGUAAAAAUGCGAUCGAAGUGAGUCGUAAAAAUCUCAUGUGUCAAAAGAACAUGCUCUACGACCUACGAACUGAGAUUCGUGAACUGGAAGCAAAAUUAAAAGAAGUGGCGAAUUUAUCAAACAUUCGCAUGAAGAACAAAGAACUCGGCAUCGAAUAUCUAUGGGCUGUUGUAAAAGACGAAGAGAAACAAAAGGAAAAAUUUCAUAAAGACGUGGAAGGACAUGAAGAAGCCAUUAGAAAACUUGUUAGUAAUUUGGAUGCAGCCAAGGAGAAAAAACGAACCUUACUCCAAGAAAUGGAUCCCGGGCAAGAUGGGACGGCUGAAAUUAAGAAGAAAAUCAAAGAGAAAGAAGCUGCACUCGAAAUUUCACGAAGAGAGCUCACCGAUGCUCAAAAAGUGAUUCAAAAAUGCAACGCUGGACUGAAAUUGAAUCGAGACACGGUUCGGAAGAGACAACGAAUGUUGAAGGAUGUAAGCGACAUGUUGGAAAAAAUCAAGUCGAAUACCGAAGCAGAUAAGGAACGGGCCAUUCGGGAAUAUGAAGAAAAUAAGACGAAACUUUUAGCUGAAAAGUUAAAAGUUAAUGAAGAAUUACUUUCGUUAAAAAGAGAUUGUGAACAAUUCUAUAAUGGAGUUUCUUCUGCCGGAGAUCAUGUAAAUAAUAUGAUGGAUGAAUUGCGCAAUUAUAACAAUAGUUAUGAGUCUAAAAAGAGACAACUGGAUGCUCUUCAAUCCAAGGGAUCCAAUAAAUAUGCUAUCUUUGGACGAAAUAUGGAAAUAUUGAUGGGAAAGAUCAAUUCAAAUAUCAGAAAGUUUUCUAAACCUCCACGUGGCCCAAUUGGGGCUCAUUUAACUGUCAAGGAUCCCAAAUUUACAGGACUUGCUGAACAUGUUUUAAAAUCAAAGAAUUUCCUUGUUACUUUUAUGGUUAAUAAUAGCGAUGACCUACUUUUGCUAAAAAAAUUAAUCCAAGAAUCCUACAACGGAGCCAGAAAUGACUAUGGAAGACCUAGCAUUUCUAAUGCAAUGCCGGCUAUUAAAGUCAAUACCUUUUCGGAUAGGAUGUAUGACCUUGGACGACGUGCAUCAACAUCAGCUCGUUCUAGUGAAGCUCCCAAUUUGCUGGAUCUUUUGGAAGUGGAUGAAAAUGAUUGUGUUAUUGUGAAUGGUUUGAUUGACUAUGUCGACGCCGAGUCUACUCUAAUGUUUGAAAAUAACCAGAAAGCUGCAACGACAAUGAAGGAUCCUUCAAAGUUCGCAAAAAACACUAAGCAUGGAUACACAUUGGAAGGGUACAGAUUUUUGCCGUAUCCAAAUUAUGCUGCUCAUUUCCAAAAUGCGCAAGUUGCUAGAGCUCAAUAUCUAAAAUCAAGUGCCAAAGCACAGAUUGAUGACUUAAAGGUUGCCCUACUGGAACUCAAAGAAAAGAUUAACGUACUAAAACCACUCUUGGACAAUAAACGUAAGGAGGAAGCAGAACUCAAGAGGCGACACGGGCUCAUGAUUGCUCAGCAAGAAAACAAGCGUCAAGUCCUUAGUAGAACGGAACGUAGUCUUAAAGAAAAUGAAACCAAGAAGUACAAAGAGCCAGAUUUGGCUUCUCAUGAAGAAGAGGUCCACGAAUUGAGGGGGCAAAUUGAACAAGUAGAACAGGAAAAUCAGGAACAUGAACAGCUCAUUGAAGCGACGAACAGGAAACUUGAGGCUCUCCAAAAUCAGAAAGAAGAAUUGCAGUUUUCUAUGAAUAAAUUACAAAAACAUAUUGACAAUAGUGUGACUGAACGUCAAAAGAAACAAGAAGAAAUACACAGCAUCGAACGGUUUGUCGAUCGACUCGAUGGGAAAAUUGCAGAUCUCCGACGAGCGAAAGAACCCACGAUGGAAAAUUUUGAGAAAUCCAAAUCUGAAUACGAAAGGAAAUUACAGCAAGCUCAAGAGGCAGGACCGCAAGUUCAGUGCAAGAGAUCCGCUAUGGACGUCAAGAGAGAGGUGGAAGCCCUCCGUAUUCGUAUAACUGCAAUGGAGAAGCAUAUUGGCGACGCCGAAAAGAUUAAGAAUGAUCAUCAUAAGAAGAAAACUGAAUUCCGUGUAAAAACUAAGGAAUUUCAGCCUAUUUGGAGAUGUUUCACGAUGCUGAAAGAUUUGAUCAAUUCACAAGUCACAUUUUUAUUCCGUAAAAGAAUGGGCAUAACGAACGGCCUCACUUUCAUGUAUGAAGGACUAGUCCAUCAGCGAGGAUACAAAGGACAAAUGAAAAUAGACCAUGACACAAAAGAACUUCACUAUUACAUUUGUCCUGACCAAUCGUCAUCCAACCGAACGAAUGAAGCCAUCGGUGAAAACGAUAAGCAGACAAAGAAAUCACUGAUCGAGUAUUCACUCGGGUUAUCUGGCGGUGAACGCUCCUUUUCUACAAUCUGCUUCAUCAUUUCACUUUGGCAAGUUAUGGAAUGUCCAUUCUACAUGUUGGAUGAAUUUGACGUCUUUAUGGACGCAUUUAAUCGUAAAACCAGCCAACAAGCAUUGAUUACUCAUGCAAAAAAUCAACCUACGCGUCAAUUCUUUCUCUUUUCACCGUUGGACCUAGUAGAAAUUCCUUCUCAAGACGAAGCCACUGUCAUUCGCUUACAACCUGCUCGUCCCGAUAAGAAAACCAGCAUGUCGCCAGAUAACGAAUCAGAGAAUGUGGAUCCAGCCCCACGUUCAUCACCCAUUACAAAUCGAAAAGGACCAGGACCACGGCCUCGUCGCACUUCUUUUACUGCAAUGAGUGAGAAGAACUCAUCAUCUUCUCGCUCUCGCCGUUGAAGCUGAUGCCAUUUAAAAACAACCUAAAUUUAGUUCCUUUCGAUCGCUUUAAAUUUUUGAACACUACUUGUGAUUUUUAAGCCGCUCAAAUAUAUAUAUGCAAUUAAUUAGAAUAGGAAAACUACGAUUGUAACCUUGUAAUUUAAUUUGAUUUUGAAUUUAAUUUUGAAUUAGUUAAUACCGCAAUUUAAAUUAAUUCGAGUACAAAAUUUUCGAUUUCAAACCUUUAAGAUAUUUUCACACUUGUCAAAGUACAAUUUUUUAUUUCCAAUCAAACUGCUCUCAUUUUUUUCUACACAAAUUGAGAAUUUCCCUUUGAGUACUUUUCUUAAAAUAAUAAAGACCAAAUUCUUAUGCAAACUA